AUGCCGUCCAGUCCCAAGUGGUCUCAAUUAGAAGGCGUGAACAAAGCCACCAACACCAUCAUGGCCACGCUGCCAUCAUAUCAGGAUGCCGUCAGUAAACUCGACUGGCUUGAGUUGGUGGCACCAUACGUCGCAGACAAGGACUUUACUAGUCUUUGUUCUGUGAAUAAACGUUUCUACGCCGUCUUCGCGCCCCGCCUUUGGAACGACCCAUUAGUCGCCGUUCGACGGUUGGGACUGGAUCCAAGUGACGACCUUGAAUGGUACCUAACAUUUAUCUUCGACCGCAUGCAGCGCUUGCGGCCGAGGACCCUGGCCCUCAUCAUGACGCUUGACUUUCGCGAGUUUGCAAAAGACACUGCCCACUUCUCGUCCGACAGUAGCAGCAGGACAAUACCUCACACUCUGCUUCAACUCUCCAAGACAUUGCCGAACCUCAGAUGUAUCCUCUUAGAAGGGCAUGCCGAGGCGGACCCCGCCUUCUUGACGACCAUCCUGGCGUCCGAAGCAAACACGACACCACCAGAUUCUCGGCAAGGCCUAUUGGUUCUUAGUGUCGCUUAUUGUCAAAAUCAACUCCCCAACGGCUUCUAUGCAUCGGACAAGCUCCAGCAGCUGGUCCUUCUAGACGUUUCCGGAUUGCCAGGUUCCCUGCAGCCUCUGAUUGCUGCAGCUCACGGACGACGCAACCUACGCAGAUUAAAGGUCCUAAAGGUGAGACGUCGGGAGAUCAACGACUCCAUGGCUUUGAUGCUCUUCCAGGCUUUCAAGAGCUCGCUCUGGAGUCUGGAUAUCAGCGAAAACAGAAUCACAGACGGUGUUCUCGACCAAUUUGCUGCACUUUGCUUCAAUAGUCCAUCUUUGAGGUCUCAGUCUCGAUUCAUGACUGAGGGCAAACUUGUCUUUGAUGGUCAAGGAAACGACACAUUUGGGCCAUUCAUGUUCAUCCAGGAAUCCGACUCGAGCGCAACCUUUAGCGAUGCCGAGCGGCACUUCGUGGAUGCUCCCAUUUACUCAGCUGCUACAGGUCGCGAUUUACAAGAAGAUGAAGCAGUGCGAGCCAAUGGCAGAACUCCGUUGAGGCGAGACAGUGUGGACUACGUUAAGGCCGCAACUGCGGGAGACAUGGAUCAUCCGGUGCCUGACUGGUCAGACGUGCCGUACCUCGACAUCUGCUCUGCACCCGCCGGGAUCACCCAUCUGCACAUCUCAGACACUCAAAUCACUUCUUCAGGUGUGGAGAGACUGCUGCGUAGCUCGCAAGGCCAGCUGGAAGACCUCUCCUGCGAUGCUCCGUUCUUUCUACCAAUCCAAGGAUCUGCUUUGAAGCAGCAGCAUCUCCUCCCAUGGCCCAAGAACGUCACUCUGCGCGGCGCUCUGGGCUGCGCGCACGUCUUUAGGCCCGUAUUCUCGUCCAAUCUGCGGGUGCUGAGGAUUCACCAUUCGUUUGUGACGCAGAUUCCGACACUUGAGACUGAUGGGCUGUCAACCAUGGCACGACUCUGGCUAGCCGAGACAGUGGUUAGGGAACGAUCUCAGAUGGCCUUCCCACAGACAUUCGAACCGGACAUGAACCCCCGGCUGACGUCUCUGACUCUGACCAAGAUCCCACGUCGCUCCAACGGGCCGUUGAUAGACAAGCUUGUGCAUUUUCUCACGCUGGGUGGUCUCCAGGAACGUGCGAUCCGAAAGACUGCCUCUCAAUCGUCAUCGCGACGUAGUCCAAUACUCCUGCAUGGCCUGCGUCAUCUUCGUCUAGAGUUUGAAGCCGAUCCCAUUGAGGAUCCAGCCGGAUUUUCAGCCGCAGACGACUUGGAUGCGGAAGAGCUCUUGAAUAUGGGCGAGGGUGAGGGCUUCAGCUUCUUCGGCGACGAGCGCCGGCCCCAGCUACUGCCUGAAGCCACAAGGAAAAAGCAAGCAACAGCGGGGGACGAAGUCACUACGCACCACACUCAGCCCGCCACAGUCCGUCUGAGCGCAUUCCCCUACAGCGAUAUCCAGGGCGUGUCUAUGCCCUACCGUGAUACAUGGGGCGGGAGUCAAUUCGACCGGACAAUCUGGGUUGGCGACGGCAUGCUGGGCUCAAACCGCCUUGCUGUUAACGAGUAUAUGAACCUUGUGACGAACCCGCUGCUUAGAAGCAGAGUAGGACCAGCCACCCCAGCGCACGUAAAAGCUGGCGUGCCGGAAGGGGUUCUCAUAUUCCACGCGGCCUGGGACGCCAUUGUCAUGCCACCAGAGUUGAAACCUCCCAGAGCGGCAGAGCUUCAUGGUAUGCGGGACGUCCUAGAGGCCAUCAAGGCGUUUCGCAUCGAGACAAGAGCAGCAUACGAGGCUGCGAAGAAGGCUGCCGUUGAAGGCGUGGCAGAACUUGGCACAACCACCGGGCCACGACACUGCUUCUGGUCGGGAAGGCUUGAGGUCUCUGCGCAGCAGAGCAUGGCACACUAUCGAGCGCCUGGUUAUUGGCGAUGA